UCUUACAAAAUAAAAUGAAUACGCUCCAAUCAAUAUUAAUUCAUAUCGUUUUGUUUUAUGACGCGAACUCAAUAGAAAAGGUUUAUUUUAGCGAAAAGAAUAUAAAAAAGUGCAAAUCAAAUAUAACAUACAAUUGCAAUGUGGACUCAAUUGUUGCUCAUUAUAUUCGUAGGAUUUCAAACAAUAAGAUCCGAUUGUGGUAUAGGUUAUUAUGACUUUCCAACUGGAUCAUCCUGUACGGUAAACUCAUGCUACGAACAAUGCGAGGAGCACAACUGUUGUCUUAAGUCCUGCUUUCCAAACGACGCGCCGUUACGGGACAGCCUUCAGGAACUUAGUUCAGAGAUUCAAAACAUCUCAUCUGGGCAACAGAUCACUUGCAGCUUGAUCGAAACCUCCCUUAAAAACAUUGCCAUCGAAAGGAACUCCACCGCGGGCGAGUGUUAUCGUCACAUGAUUGCGUUGCUCAAAGAACACAAGGACUCAAUCGCAGGGUUCAACCCGGUUGAAUGCCCUUGUGAACACGGUUAUCAUAGGACCGAAGGAAAAUGUCUUAUGACGGAAUGUCAUGAAACCGGAAGCAACGAAGAACUAUGCGUAGAAAGUUCGGAUGAUUAUUUCAAUAAACCAGAUAUAUGUUGCGUCAGUAAUAAGAUAUACCCACAGGUAGACGCUUGUCUCAGUGGCUUUUCCCCGCAGAUAUUACCAUUCACGGCCAACUUUGCAUCUUGUAACACCACGUGUAGCGGUAGCUGUAGUAGCAAGUCACCAGGAAUUAUUCCUACAUGCUGUUUGCCACAUUCAACGCGUAAAGUAACAGAGGCUCCACCGGUGGAAGAAGGCGGGAAACUUCACAGCGCUGUCAUUGCUGUACUCGUAGUGUUUGUCAUUAUGUUGCUGGUAGCAGUUGGCUUAGGACUAUUGUAUUUUAUCAGGAAGAAGAGUCAGAAAAACAAGACACAACGAACGAUUAGAAAUGAACCUAACGAAUUACAACUAACUGCUCUGCAUGAGCUACAUUCAGAUGCCGAUUACGACGCCGAAAUUGUUAGCGGAGCAUAUGACAACUCAAUACAUCCAAGUGAUAUACAUGAUCCUGAAGCGGAUGGUAAAGUAAAUGUGCAAGGGAAAGUUUUGGGAGAGUAUGACUCACUUGAUUGGAGUGACACCAAGCCAGAAAUCAUGACGUCAUCAUAUGAACGAAUAGAGCUUAAGAGAAAUAAAAGAAAGAUAGAAAACACGAGAGUUGAAGUCAACAUUGACGCAGAAGAGAAUGCUACGGGAAGAACUAACGAUAUGAAGAUAAGCACUGAUGCAAACGAUGAUGGAACUUCAAAUGAUGAUUGAAAACAUGGUCGGAAUUUCACUUUUGCGAGACGUCACAACGAAAGUACCCGGACUCCUAAAUGUUUGUUUUAAAGUGACAAAUCUUUUAGCGUAGCGUUAGCGACAUCGGUUUCAACUUGGUUUGUGAAUUUCAGUUGAAAAGCCAAAAUGUUCAUCAGUUUCUUGUUUUCCGUUUUGCCCAGCUUGAAAAAUGCAUUGAUUUGUUUCCUUUUAUGAUACAUUAAAAUCACAUUUAGAGCAUGAAGUUAA